AUGAGUCCUUUCAGCUUGGUUUAUGGAAAGGCCUGUCAUCUUCCAGUUGAGUUAGAACACAAGGCCUUCUGGGCGGUAAAGGAAUGUAACAUGGACUAUGAGAGAGCCGGAGCUGAACGGAAGCUGCAACUGCAAGAAUUAGAGAGCCUUCGCCUUGAAGCUUAUGAAAACUCCAGACUGUAUAAAGAGAAGGUGAAGGCUGUGCAUGACAAGAGCAUUAAGAGAAGAGAAUUCCAACCAGGGGACUUAGUCCUACUUUACAACUCCAGAAUACGACUCAUGCCAGGCAAGCUGAGAUCCAGAUGGGAUGGUCUGUAUCGAGUAAAGAAGGUGGAACCAUACAGAGUCUUUCACUUGAGCCAUCCUUCAAGCUCUGAACUUAUCAAGGUCAAUGGACAUCGCUUGAAGUUAUUCCAUGGUGAAAAGAUGGCGAAAAACCAGGAACUAGAGAUCUUCCUCUUGGAAGAUCCACCCACAGUAGAAGACUGA